GUCACAGAGUGUUCAAGUCUGUGCAUUAUGUUCUGAGUCACCCGACAGGCGCCUUGCCCAGGAUCAAGGCGAACCUUAAGUGUCCACAGAGCAGGAAUAGCAGCAGAAGCAGCCACAAUAACAGGUAUCUUCCAGGUGAAGCUGCGGGGAGGCUCUUAGACCUCUCAGAUUCCUGGGGGGCCUAGGACAGAUAUUGGCUGUCAAGAGCCUGGACAGAAGUCAAGGAGAAAGGCCAGGAUCUCACCAAACUUGAAGAGCCCAGGAGUUAGUAGAAGAUUCCAGUGACAGAGAGUCUAGACCCUCUCAAAUGGAUGACCUCUGUGAAGCCAAUGGCUCUUUUGCCAUCAGACUAUUAAAAAUAUUGGGUAAAGAAGACAAGUCACGAAACCUGUUCUUCUGCCCCAUGAGCAUCUCCUCAGCCCUGGCCAUGGUCUACCUCGGAGCCAAAGGAAACACUGCUACCCAGAUGUCCCAGGUACUUGGUUUGAGUGGAGAUGGAGAUGUUCAUCAAGGUUUCCAGACCCUUCUCGCUGAAAUUAACAAAACUGGCACUCAGUACUUGUUAAAAAGUGCCUGCAGGCUCUUUGGAGAAGAAUCGUGUGAUUUCCUUUCGACCUUCAAGGAAUCCUGCCAGAAGUUCUAUCAGGCUGAGCUAGAAAAUCUGUCCUUUGUUAAAGACAGUGAAGGGUGCAGGAAGCACAUCAAUGACUGGGUGUUGGAAAAAACCGAAGGGAAAAUUUCUGAAGUUCUGAGUCCUGGAACAGUCUGCCCACUGACUAAGCUGGUUCUUGUGAAUGCCAUGUAUUUCAAAGGGAAGUGGAAGGCUCCGUUUGACAGGAAGUACACGAGAGGCAUGCCCUUUAAAACUAAUCAGGAGAAAAAAACAGUGCAGAUGAUGUUCAAGCAUGCUAAAUUUAAGAUGGAGCAUGUGGAUGAGGUGAACAUGCAGGUUCUGUCUCUGCCCUAUGCCGAGGAAGACCUAAGCAUGAUCAUUCUCCUUCCUGAUGAGAGCACUGAUCUCGAAGAGGUGGAAACAGCACUUACAUAUGACAAGUUUAGAGCCUGGGCAAACCCAGAGACCAUGACAGAAAGUAAAGUGCAAGUCUUUUUCCCCAGAUUAAAGCUGGAGGAGAGUUAUGACCUGGAAACUGUUCUUCAGAGUUUGGGAAUGACAGAUGCCUUUGAGGAAACAAAGGCUGACUUCUCAGCGAUGACAACUAAGAAGAAUGUGCCCGUGUCCAAGGUUGCCCACAAGUGCUUUGUGGAGGUCAAUGAGGAAGGCACUGAAGCAGCUGCGACCACUGCAGUGAUCAGGAAUGCCCGGUGCUGUAGAAUAGAACCGAGGUUCUGUGCGGACCACCCAUUCCUUUUCUUCAUCUGGCACCACAAAACCAGCAGCAUCCUGUUCUGUGGCAGGUUCUCUUCGCCAUAGUGACCUUCCAGAUUGGUGGGGUGUUUGCAUAACAAGCACAAGGCCCUGGGCUCAGGCCUAAACACCCUAGAAAGUUAGGCAUGACAGUGCCUACCUGCCAGCUUAGCAUUUGGGAGGUACAGGGUAGGUAGGUCACACAUUCAAGGUCAUCCUCAGUGACACCGGGGACUCUGUCUCAAACAACGACAGAAGACAAGAAAGUAGAAUGUGUGAUUGAUCUACACACCAUUCUUUGCGGAAUUUGCCAAGGUGAUCUCAAUGUAAAAAUAAAAAGAAUAUCAUUGCAGACUGUCCCAAUGUCCUGUAUGGCAGUUUGGAGCUGGCAAGAAGGCCAUACUUGGUUUGGGGUGCCAUCUCUAGCCUUACUCGUAACCCAGAUCCUAAAGUGCUGCUCUACCCUAUUAACAUCUCUAAGCUGUGUGCCCCCACCACUGACAGACGUACCAAGGAAUGCCAGUGAGGGUCCCCUGUUCACAAAGCUAAGGAUAAGAGCUACAGAAUAACUGCUGUAACUGCACUCUGUGACUCUCAAAGCUGAGAGAGUGUCUCGUUCCAUCAGUGUUAUCCAGUACUCCUGUAUAACUCAGGGUUCAGGCAAUUCUUUCCACAAGUUUCAAGUGCAAGUUCAAGGACUCAGCAGGAACCUUCAGGAUGGAGCCGAGAGAUGAGGCUCCAAAGUCAUCCUCCUCCUUUCUAAAGCUCCAAAUGUUUUUCUAAUCCCCCCCCCCACUCUUUCUAAUGGAAACAUCACAUGGAAUGAAUCUUACAAACCCUGUCUCUAAUUAACCACAUGCUCAGACAUGAUUCAGAUGCACUCCCAAUGCCCUAAAUGCAUAUGCAUGCCAGCAUCAGUACAUAGACUCAGUGGGUUGUAUUCAUACCUGUGUGUGUGCACGUAUGUGUAACAAAGAAGUCAUGAAUAUGAGAGGGAGUGACAGGAGCAAAUGAGAAGUUAGGUGAGGAGUGAAGGAUGGGAAUGUAAAUAGACUACUUACAUAUGAAAUUCUAAAAUAAAAUUAAAAAUUAAAUAACAAAGACUGAAUUAUGCUUUCUUACUGAAUAUCAUUUGUAUUAUGGCAGAAAGUGGAAAUUUGUAGGAAAACAUACAAAGGAAAUUUAAGCUUUCUAAAAGUCCCCUCUUCAGAAAUCACCACUAAAAUGAAAAUGAAUAUCUCUGUUAUAUGUAUGCAAAUAUAAAUUCAUAAUAUUUAUUAUCAUUUAGGAUAAUGAUCAUUCCUGUAGCUUAUUUUUACUAUAAGUCUUGCUCAAGACAAUUAUCAUUCAGUGGCAUUGCUGUGCAUUGGAUUUCAGGAUGGGGCAGCAUUUUCUGUAACUGAAUCUACUUAGACAAUUUGGAAAAUUAAACAUGCAUUACAUACUACUGUGUUAAAUAUCUCCAAUAGUUGAUUAUACUCUUAAUUUCUCAAUAAAUAUUACUAAAAUGAUAAUAUUGUCAGUAUAAUGUUUAUGUGAUAAUACAUCCAAAAUGAUCUCCAAAAACUUGAGCUGCCUUAGUCACACUAAGGUUUCAUUACAGUACACUAACUAUUGCUGGUCCUAUUAAUGUUUAAUGAGGUAGACUAAAUAAUGGUGACUCCUGACUCUGCUUUAUUCUCACUUGACAGUUCCAUGAAUCCUGCACAAUGUAGCUCUUCAUUAAAUCUCACCAAGCUGUACAGAAUGUGUCCUCGGGCCGCCUUCAGCUCAGAAACUGUGCUUUCCAAACAGGUUUGGUUAUGACCCAAUCCGGGAGCUGAGAAAGUAUGAUUCUAUGAACUUUGAUCUGAUUUCCAUGUCUAAUUUGGAAUUACACUUUUCCUGAGGUAUAAUUGGAUAGAACCAGAAUAAUUGAAUGCCCAGUUCAGUAAGUUCUGAAAUAUGCAUCUACCCCCUGAUGCCAUCUGCACAGUUUUGGCGCAGAAUAAGACUGUCACACCUACAAAGUUUCCCUGGGUACUUUUUCAAAUAUCUCUUUUAGAAUUUAAAACAAUUAAUUAAAAUGUAAUUUUAUCAUUUCCCCUCCUUCCUAUUGCUCUCGUGUCCAUCCUCCAAAAUCAGAUCCCCUUCCUCUUUAACCAUAGUUUUUUACAUACACAUCUAAGUGGAUUGACAUACGCAUGCAGUCUGUGAGUCUGUUCAGUGUCCCUGCAUGACUUCGUUUCUCUGACUGACAACUAAAUACGAGAUAACCAAUUCUGGGGCUCAUCCCUAAUGAUGACUAAUUCUCCCUGUCUCAGCAGGGUUAAUUAUAGCUUUUCAGCUAAGGGAGUGGCCUCAUGAUAUUUUCUCUAGCUACAAGGGGAUGUCAACUGUCACUGGAAUUUUCAGGUCUUCUUUUAUGAAGGUACAUUGUUAAGAUUUCAUUGUUGAGUUUCCCUCUUCAUAGCUAGAAGACACAGUCUCACCACACAUUCCCUGGUCGUCUGGCUUUUCCCAUCUUUCUGCCUCCUCUUCUGUGAUGUCCCUGGGAUUGUAACCUUUGUAUCCAUCCCCUUUCUGUUCAGAUCCAGCAACUUAUACCACUCUCAGACAAGCACUUCUCUGUUUCCUAAAGAAUGCUGUGGGAUACUGUAUCCAUUUCUGUAUUGUUCCUGUCAUUCACUGGAAAUAUCUUUAGACUCUUCUUCAUUACAGUAUAAUGUAUUACAUUGUGUUAUAUAUAUUUUAGUAUGUAGUUUCUUUUGUUUCUACUUAAUAUGUCACUACAGGCAUAAUAGGAUUUGUUUAUCCAUUCAUAAUCUAAUGGAUAUUUGCAAUGUUGUCAAGGUUUGAUUACUGUAAAUAAAGUUUUUAA